GCCGGUUCGGCGCGUCGACUGUCCAGAGUCCGCGGCCGGGGCGCCCCGAGGAGACAAGUGACUAUGGCCUACCACAGCUUCCUGGUGGAGCCCAUCAGCUGCCAUGCCUGGAACAAGGACCGUACACAGAUCGCCAUCUGCCCCAACAACCAUGAGGUACACAUCUAUGAGAAGAGUGGUGCCAAGUGGAACAAGGUUCACGAGCUUAAGGAGCACAACGGGCAGGUGACAGGUAUCGACUGGGCCCCUGAGAGUAACCGCAUUGUGACCUGUGGCACAGACCGCAAUGCCUAUGUGUGGACACUGAAGGGCCGCACAUGGAAACCCACACUGGUCAUCCUGCGGAUCAACCGAGCUGCCCGCUGUGUGCGCUGGGCCCCCAAUGAGAACAAGUUCGCGGUGGGCAGUGGCUCCCGUGUCAUCUCCAUCUGUUACUUUGAGCAGGAGAAUGACUGGUGGGUGUGCAAGCACAUCAAAAAACCCAUCCACUCCACCGUCCUCAGCCUUGACUGGCACCCCAACAACGUGCUCCUGGCUGCCGGCUCCUGUAACUUCAAAUGCAGGAUCUUCUCUGCCUAUAUCAAGGAGGUAGAGGAGCGGCCAGCCCCGACACCAUGGGGCUCUAAGAUGCCCUUUGGGGAGCUGAUGUUUGAGUCGAGCAGCAGUUGUGGCUGGGUGCAUGGCGUCUGCUUCUCGGCCAAUGGGAGCCGUGUGGCUUGGGUCAGCCAUGACAGCACUGUGUGUCUGGCAGACGCUGACAAGAAGAUGGCUGUUGCAACCCUGGCCUCGGAAACCUUGCCACUCCUGGCCAUCACCUUCAUCACAGAAAAUAGUCUAGUGGCAGCGGGCCACGACUGCUUUCCUGUGCUGUUUACCUAUGACAGUGCUGCGGGGACAUUGAGCUUUGGUGGUCGGCUGGACGUGCCCAAGCAGAGCUCCCAGCGUGGCCUGACAGCCCGUGAACGCUUCCAGAACCUGGACAAGAAGGCCAGCUCUGAGGGUGGUGCAGCCACGGGCGCUGGCCUAGACUCACUGCACAAGAACAGUGUCAGUCAAAUCUCAGUGCUCAGUGGAGGCAAGGCCAAGUGCUCGCAGUUCUGCACCACAGGCAUGGAUGGUGGCAUGAGCAUCUGGGAUGUGAAGAGCUUGGAGUCAGCCUUGAAGGACCUGAAGAUCAAAUGAGCGGUGGAGUGCCACCCUCAACCCAGCUGCUGGGAAAGAAGGAAAGGGGCUGGGGAGGCUAAGGGUUGCUUUGCUGAAUGCUUCUAGGGUGCCAGUAUGGGGCUGCUCCCCAAGAAGGGAGAAAACAGGUAGGAACUUUCCUACCUAUUUAAGGAACAUGUUAAAGAAAUGCUUUUACCUGUUGCUUAAAAAAGAAAAAAGCCCCUAAGCACAAUGCUGGUCAUGAAUCGCUUCAGAAUAUGGGGUAAUAAACACACCAACUGUG